CUAACUCGCCUAUCUAACAACUACAUCACACGACGCAAUACGCCUCCCUGAUCGCAACAUAUAUGUAACUAACUGCGCACCAGUCCACGGAGACGGAUCUUCAAGUUUCCAGGAUGUCAUACCACGGCGGAUAUAUACAAGGAAAUAAUGGCAGAGCAUGGCAGAAUGGAUAGAAAGUUGCUGUGACUGUGACGAGGUAGCAACAGCCUUCUCCCUUUGUCGUAAUGGAGCCUAUAUGUUCUUGAUACACCUGGAUGUUAAUCUAUUUUCUUCUAAGUUGAAACAUAACGAGAUAAAAAAGAGAAAGUUGAAAGAAAUUGAGAAGAAGGUAUCAGCAUUACGAAAUACCUCAGGGGGAGAGAUCCUUGUUCAUCUGUUUGGUCAAGACCCAAGAGACAGGUACCUUGGACACUUUGACAGCUUCACAGACUCCUGCCUAAAGAUUUUAAUCCCUGACGGAAAACUGUUUACUGACGUUUAUAAACGUGAGUGGUUGUGUGAUGUUAUUUCCGGUGCUGAAAGUAUUCCCGUACUUCUCCUUACUGUAGAAAAAUCAAAGUUUGUGACUACAGUACAUUUUUACACAAAAGUCUCAUCGGACUGUAUGAUUGAAAAUGUGUCCACCAUUGUGUUUGUCUCACUCCUGUCUAGAAAGGUGAACACAGCAGUGACAGAACCAAAACUAAGAGGAAUUCGCAACUUCAAGGAACGACUGCAUGAAAACAGAAACAUUGAACUUAAAAGUGUGUUUUUGAAGAAAGAUCGAUCAUUUCGUGACAUUUCCUCAGUUGUUGAUUACAUCUGGAAAGAUCUGAGAUUCAGAGAAUAUCUAUGUUCCAUGUCAAAACUUGAGAGUGGAGGUUCUUACUUCGUCGGAAUAAAUGAAAAAAACGGAGGGGGGACUUACGAAUCCAGGGAUAUAAAUCCCAAUGGUUUUCCCUGCACCUGGAGUGUUGACGAGUUCAAAAAGUCUUUGGAAGUAAAAUUACAGUGUGACGCUGCCUAUCAAGAUCCGAAAGGCACUCUGACUCCAGUCCCUGCCAGCAUCAUCAAGGUCGCACUGUACAACUCUCCUGUGCAGCCAAGUGCUAAAGUCCUAGAAAUUGCAGUCGGGUAUGCUGAGGGUAUUGUAUUUUAUAAUAAAAAGGGCCCUGAAACCUACACCAUUGACAAGGACGGAAACAUUCGUAGAAUGGAACAUUGUGAAUGGUUGGAGAAAAUAAAGGCCUUUACCAUAGUUAAUAUACAGUAGCAGUGUUUUGAACAACAUGUCUUUCGAAGGCAGUGAUGCGUCAUCAUUUUCGCGUACUUCGUCUUUCUCUGACCAAGAAUUCAAAGCUUUUGAUUGCGUUGCAUUGGAUUCCACCUGUGCUUCUUUGGAUACCAGAACACCAACGGAGGUGCAUCUCUCCCACAUAUCCAUUAGCAGCUUCUUUCCGAAGAAAAAAUAUGAUGCAGGUGAAUUUGUCAUCUAUCCUAAAUGUAUGCAUACGAUGUUGUCAAGUGAGUACCCAAAGAUGUUGUCAGUACUUGAGGAAACAUAUCGACUUGGAGCAUUUAUCUAUGUUGGAUCGUCUUUUCAAUGUCUUUUUCUUGGAAAUCAACAACAAUUUCACACUAUAAAGACGAAGUUGAUUUGCGACAUGUGCAUUUUUCCAAAAGACAAGUCAGUCAUUAUGUUGACUGUGGCAAAAGACAAAACAUUGAAGACUCAUCUAUCCAAUUACAAUUUGCAAAUGAAAAAAAACUUGGAAGAAUGGAUCAGCGAAACAGAAGCUGAAUUCAAAGCCUUGUCUGGAGUUGUAGUCCCUCAAGACUUUCAAAUCAGAGGCAAAUUCGAAUGCCAAAUUGCCGAUGCUGAGCAACUGGCAAAGAGAAAAGGUCCUCCUCCGCUACUUGCAAAACAUAGAUUGUAUAUUGAAGCCUUUCUUCAGAAGCUUGCAACCUGCAAGUUCGUUCAUCGUUUUUAUGCAGUUCCUGGAGAAACCGUUUAUCUUAUUGAGGACACAUUUGAAGACUUUAUAGAACUCAUGGAGGAGACUGGGGCCAAAACUGUGUAUCUCAAAUGUUCAGAAUGUACAAUGCUUCUCGUUUGUGAACUAGCCUACAGGUUAGCUUUGCUUGGACACACAGCUCUACAGUCAAACACAGAAGUGAAGAAAGAAUUGGAAGAACUAAGGUGCGCACAAAACAUUUCCAUAUCGAUCACUUAUGGCACAAAUGUUGCUGAUGAGAAUGUACAAGAAGGCGACGUACUCUUGUCAUCGUGGAAAGGGGGUACGAUACUUUUUCGAACAGAAUUGACAGAGGUUGUAGCUGCUAGAAGAGCCUUGGCAUCAGCUGUUGUGAGGCACAGUUUAUACAUGAAGGAUGAAGAAAGAUGCGAGAGACUGGUAGACCUAGUUUGCUUGAACAUAGAAAUAACUGAAGAACGAUUAAAAACCUUUCUGCAACCUUUUGAUUUUGAAUCGCAGAUAGUAGCACUGGAAUCGUUAAAUACAUCUCUACAAGUCAAAAAGAAGAAUGUCAGAGUGAACAAUCAACUUGCACAUCCUAUGUGUCCACCACGUGUUGUAGUUGAUGAGGAGCAUAGGUCACUGGCACUAAAGAUGAAGACCAGCUUUGAUGACAGAAAUGUACAACAAAAUCGUGACACACAAUCUACUUGCACAUCGGAAGGCAGAAAUGGAGGGAAAUUUGGAAAAAGAAAAGAAGGACACAUUCAGCAAUAUCCUGCCGAAAAUCUUAAUCAUAUGGGAACUUCACACUACACAGACCAAGACAACAGAGAUGUCCCCCACGCUCAACAAAGUAGGCAAAUGUAUGAUUCAGACACAUUUUGCCAUACUAUUAUUGACAAAGACUCCGAGAAUAAUUCACAGAUAACAUAUGAAGAUUCACAAAUGCCAAUUAGAGAUCCAACCUUCUCGAAAGCGACCAGACUUACAGCAUCUGAAUCAUACACUACACGUCAAAGAGACCAAUACAGAAAUGUUGUGACAUGCCAAGAUGAACAAAUACCUAGCUGUGCCAAUAAUUCACACAGUGAUAACCAGGAUGCUUCGAGGGUCAUCACAGACGAACACAUCUCUCAACACGAAAGAAAGGCAAGCUACCAAGACCAACAAUGGCACCCAAGGCAACCAGUCUUCCCUCUACAAAGCAGGGAUAGUGCGAAUUAUUCAGAAACUACGAAACAAUAUUCGAGACCUUCAAAAGGCCGAUCCUCUCCUCAAUUCACAACAAGUGCCAAGGCAGAUUCACACUUAAAAAAACAUGAUGGACAUCUGCCCAAGAAUGAACGUCCCUUUCUACAAACGAAAAUUCCUAUUCUUUAUCCACACGCAUUUCAACAUGGUAGAUAUAAUUCUAUCCAAUCACGCCCCAGAAGCGCACCAGAACAAGACUUAUCUCUGCACAGAGGAAAUCCUUUGGACUAUUCCCACAAUAUACCACAAGAUAGAACAAGGCAUAUAACUGAACAAAACAGUACAAAUGCAAAGUCUGAUUCACAAAUCAAACACACAGACAGGCAUCUGUCAAGGAAAGUAAUAACGACAAGGCCAAACAGCUACGCAUAGUUCCAAUUCAUCCCUGACCAAAUGAAAAGAACAGGGCAGACAUCCUACUAACGUUUGGCACCAACAUCCAGCGGAGACCAAUAAUCUUCUGUACAAUAUGCACAAUACCUAAGAAACCAAGAAUUACAAGCGACAUCAAGAGUAAUAUUUACAGGCUUACCAAUAUACCAAAGUCAACUUAAUACUUACAAGGCCUGUUUAUAAACAAUACACAUUGUCAGAGAUACCCAAAACAUUUUG